UUGUAUUAAAACUACUAGAUUAAUAGUGCAACCAAUACUAAUUUUACAAUUAGCACGAUUUCUUAUUUCACAUGAUUAUCACAAAUUUGAUUGUUUCUGAAUCAGGUGGAAGAAAUCAUGAAUUUAAUUCGAUCAUCAGUUUCCAUUGCAAAAAAUCAAAAGUGCAAUUGUCGACAAGUGUAUUCCACUUGUGAACGAUGUAUCCACGGGACACAAAAGCUGUUAUCAUCAGAGGAGAAAAGCGAUAAGGACAAAGAUUCCAACUCGGUAGACGAUAUGUCAGAACCGACGAAUUGUUGCAUGUCAGGAUGUACUAAUUGCGUUUGGAUCCAAUACGCGGAAAAAUUAAGCGCCACUUUGAAAAAUAGCGACGCGGACGUUCAGAAGAUGAUCUUGGAUAAAGUACAAGAUCCCAACAUGAGGGCGUUCCUCUCGAUGGAGCUACGAUUUCGAAAGAUCAUUAAGGAUUAAGUGUCAAAACACUUGAAACACUGUAUAUAUGUACAUAUGAAUAACGAGUUAGACAAUAAAUGUUACCGUUAAUUUAA